UUCCUCUGUCCAUAUUCAAUAGUCAAUACAAUCCAAUCCUCUCACUUGGCUAUAUUUAAUUAUCCUCUAUUUCGAAAAAACAAUUAUCCUCAACACAAAAUUAAAAUUUCCUCUAUUCUCUGAUUCCUCGAUCAAAGAAAAGCAAAGAAGAUCGGGUCUAGUGGUUCAGUCCAAGUGUUAAUUUUACUAAGAAAUAUCGAUGGUGAGGGUGAGCAACAACCUGCUGGGAAUUCUGAACAUAAUCACAUUCUUAAUCUCCAUUCCGAUCAUCGGCGGCGGGAUAUGGCUAUCCAGGCAAGCCAACACGGAGUGCGAGCGUUUCCUGGACAAACCUGUGAUAGCCCUAGGGGUUUUCAUCAUGCUGCUCUCACUCGCAGGCCUCGUCGGCGCCUGCUGCCGGGUCACCUGGCUCCUCUGGAUAUACCUAUUCGUCAUGUUCCUCCUCAUCCUCCUCCUCUUCUGCUUCACUAUCUUCGCCUUUGUGGUCACCAACAAGGGCGCCGGCGAGGCCAUCUCCGGGAAAGGCUACAAGGAGUAUCGGCUUGGGGACUACUCCAACUGGCUUCAGAGGAGGGUGAAUAGGAACUGGCGGAGGAUUCGGAGCUGCAUCGAGGACAGUAAAGUCUGCAAGAGCUUGAUUGAUGAAGGAUCUGGAACUCCGGUUCAAAGUUUCUACAACCAACAUCUCUCCGCCCUUCAGUCUGGUUGCUGCAAGCCAUCAGAUGACUGCAAAUUCGAGUACGUCAGCCCGACCAACUGGACUAGGAGUGCAACCUCAUCGUCCACGAAUCCGGACUGUAAUAAUUGGAGCAAUGAGGCCAACAUACUGUGCUACAACUGCCAGUCCUGCAAAGCUGGGCUUAUCGACAACAUUAAGAGUGACUGGAAGAAGGUAGCCAUCCUCAACAUCAUCUUCAUCGUCUUCCUCAUCAUCGUAUACACUGUUGGAUGCUGCGCCUUUAGAAACAACAGGGCCGACGAUUCAUGGAAGCGCUACCCCUGAUCCGGCCUAUAUAUACACUUUGCUGUACAGCUUCACUUUUGACUGGAUUAUAUAUGCAUGCAUUUAGUAUAAGAGAAUAAGGGAUUAUUUGAUAUAUAUAUAUAUAUGAUUUCUCUUUCGAUUCACGAGGAUAUUA